AUGGCUCCCAAUACUGAUAUCGCCACUCGGGCGCUCAUGGUGGCUCUCAAAUCACCUUAUAUUGCAAAAACUAUAGAAAUCUCUCCAGCGUAG